UUUAGCAACACCACAGAGAGAGGUUUAUUUCCUGUAAGGACCAAUCCAUGCCGAAAAUGUGUGAUAAUGAUAUUGUGCAGAGCUUUGCUGAAAGAAUUCACCAAAUGUCAUUUUAAUUGUUGACUGUUGUCAUGGAUGAUGAAGACGGCAGGUGCCUUCUAGAUGUAAUUUGUGACCCAGAAGCUCUCAAUGACUUUCUUCAUGGAUCUGAGACCCAUUUGGACACUGACGACCUUUUGGAUGGUUCGAGUGACCCCUCCAGCUCGUUCUUCUCUACCACUGGGGGCCAUGUUCCAGAGGUCCAGCCUGCAGUCCAGCUGUCGGCCAGUGAGCCGGCAGGCCUGCCCAGAGUCAGUGUUGACCUGGACUUCCUGGAGGAUGAUGACAUCUUGGGAGGAUCCCCAGGUGGUGAAGGUGGGAGCAAUGGCAUUGGGACAAAUCACGAGCCAUGUGACAUCCUGCAGCAGAGCUUGGCUGAAGCUAACAUCACAGAGCAAAGCUUACAGGAGGCAGAGGCUGAGCUGGACCUGGGCUCCUUUGGAAUUCCAGGUCUUACACAGGUGGUUCAGACACUGCCUGAUGCCAGCCUCUCUGGGGCUGGAGGCACUGCUGUGGGUGUAGGCAUAGGUGUUGGUGUUGGAGGAGCAGCGGCAAUUUUCCCUGGGUCAGCCCAGAGCACCACUGCUACUCCUCCCAAUGCCACAGCAGACAUGCUGGGGUCAGUGCUGGCUCAGCAGGGCCUUCAGCUCCAAUCCCAGGUCAUGAACAAGGCCAUUAGUGUUCAGCCAUUUAUGCAGCCUGUGGGCCUGGGAAAUGUGACGCUACAACCCAUUUCGAGUCUCCAAGCUCUUCCUAAUGGGAGUCAGUCUGGACAUUUGGGUAUCGGACAGAUUCAGGUUGUGGGUCAGCCCACAGUCAUGACUAUCAAUCAGUCUGGGCAGCCAAUCCUGGCUAAAGCCAUGGGUGGUUACCAGCUGCACCAGUCUGGGCCAGAGGUUUCAGGUGCUGGUUCUCAGCCGGGGCUUGGAGGCUCAGGAGGUGGACUUCUGAUCCAAGGUAACAAAGCCACUUUGGGAUCUCCAGCUUUAAAUGGACCGGCUGUUUGUGUCAGCAGCACAAACAGCAGCAGUGGUGGUACAAUGACUGCUCCUGCCGGGCUUGUGGGCUUUGGCAGUAACCCUCUAAGUUCAGGAAUUGGAUCCCAGACGCAGACUCAAGGCCAAAUCAUGCAGAAUGUGAUCAUCCAGCGCACACCAACACCCAUUCAGCCUAAACCCCCUCAGGGGGGAGCCAUCCAACCGAAACUCUUCAAACAGCAGCAACAGCAGCAGCAGCAGCAGCAGCAGCCAGCACCCCAAUCCCUGCAAAACGAUGCCCACAAGGCUAUAGGGCUGCAGCAACUUCCAGUUUCUGCUGCUCAGAAUGUAGCCUUCCUGACAGGAAAGCCAGGCUCUAACGUUGUUCUGAGUACUCAAGCCACAACACAAGGCCCCCAGUUUCAACAAACCCUGUUCAAGCAACAAGCAGCACAACCAUCUGGCAAACCCCUCAGUGUACACUUGUUAAACCAACCAGGCAGCAUCGUCAUUCCCCCUCAGACAGUUCUGCAAGGUCAGAACCACCAGUUUCUCCUGCCACAGCUACAGGCAGGUGGGCAGAUCCUGACCCAGCACCCUGGGGGGCACAUCAUAACUAGCCAGGGUCCUGGUGGACAGCUCAUUGCAAACCAGAUUUUAACUGCAAACCAGAACAUCAACUUGGGUCAGGUGUUGACUUCACAGGGCCACCCUGGGGCUGCCCACAUCCUCUCUGGACCCAUUCAGAUCCAGCCUGGCCAGAUGAGCACACCCACACUCUUUCAGAUGCCUGUCUCAUUGGCUCAGAGUCAAAGCCAGACACAGACCCACACUGUCUCAGGUCAUGCCCAGACAGUAAUACAGGGCAUGCCCAUCCAGAACUCCCUGACCAUGCUGAGUCAGGUGGAGGGGCUGAGCCCGGCAGUCACCCUUCAGCCAGCCCUGCAACCUCAGCCAGGUGGAGUCCCCAGCAGCAGCAGCACAGGAGCAGCAACAAUGGCUCAAGGCCAGCCUGGAGAGUGUGUUACUGUGCUGGGUAGCUCCACAGACCAGGCUGCUCAUCCCGCUCAGCAGCAUGUGCCGCAGUCCUCUAUCCUCACCAUGCAACCGGCUUCCUCUGUGUCCGCGGCUAUCACAGUACCCUCCUCUUCUCCGUCCAUGUCUGUGUCCACCUCUUCCUCUGUCACAGCAGUGGGGCUGGUCCCCCCUCAGGCUCAGCAUAGUCCAGGGAGGUUACUGCUCACCAACCAGGGCUCCAGUAUGAUCUUGAGCCAGGAGUCUCUGCAGAUGUUCCUGCAACAGGAGCAGCACCACCAAACAGAGAAUGAGUCAACCCCCUCUGUGGGCGUACCAGCGUCUGUAAUCGUCAGCAGCAACAACAUCACUGCUCUGGCCCCCGCUGUCCAUGACAGCCAAUUAACUGACUCUUGGGUGGGUCAGAGCCACAGUCCUUCCCCUGGCCCCUCCCACAUGACAGCAGUGGUAAAGCAGGUACCCUCCAGUGGACAUCAGCAGCCUCUCAAGAUCCAGGGCAUGUCCCCCUCAACAGCCUUGACCACUCACACCACAGCCCCCCCAGUGGCAGACAGCCCCCAGCCUUCUCAGUCUCCUCUCACUCUGAGCCAGCAGAUCCAGUCACCACACCAUCAGCAGCAGUCACGUCCUCCCUCUCAGCCUCAGCCACAGUCUCAGACUCCCUCCCGCUCCUGCACACCCUCAUCUCACCCUCCGCUCUUUAUUGUCCAUAACCAAAUUGCAGAGUCUCCCCAACAAGGUCCACAAGUCCAGCCGCCGCAGACACACAUUCAAGUUCAGCUUCAGACGCAGCCACGGCCAGCCUCUCAGCCUGCCCCCUAUCAACAAGAUAUGCCUCCUAUGUCACAGUCACCUAAGCCUCCUCCUGCACCGCCCGCACAGCACCAGUUCACUGCGCCUCCUGUCAGCACUUCUGCUACUGCCAUGGUGAAAGCCCAGGUUCCCAUCCAGGGCCUGACAGCAGAGCAGCAGCACCACCUGCAAUUCGUAGGAGCGCAAAUUCAGACCCUGUCAGGCAUCACCCAGCCCUCACCUCAGCAGAAACAGUUGCUGGAUAAGCUGCACCAGUUCCAGCAGAACAUCCUGCUGCAGGCCAAGCAGCCUGCUCAGCCUCCUCAGCCUCAGCCUCCACAGCCUCAAGUCACCAGUCAGUUCAGUUCCCAGCAAGAUGUGCCUGUUGAUAAAGUCGUGAUUGCAUCAACAGCCAGCACUGGUACGCCUGCUCAGCUUCCCUCUGUGCUGCAGCCGACGUCAGUGCUCGUCAAAACCCCUGCUACAGCAUCAAGUGACUUACAGGUAUUCUCAGGAGCCCAAGGGCCAGCUGGAGCAAUGGUGAAUCAGACUAUCACUCCUGCCAGCCUUACACAGCCUGCACAGGUUCAGCCAAAGCCGGGAGUGAUCAGCUCAGUUGGUGGGAUGACUCUGGGGAAAGGUGGGAUGCAGAUACAGGUGUUAGGAGCUAGUCUGACUCAAAUGCCUGCUCCACAGCCGCCAGCUCCGGCACAAACUCAGACAACAACAAUGAAGAUGCCUUUCAGCGCAGAGCCCAGCAAAGAAGCCAGGAUGCUAGAACAGCUGAGGAAACAGCAGGGUUCAGUGCUUCACCCAAACUACAGUGCUCCUUUCCACUCUUUUGAGGACACACUGCACAGACUGCUGCCUUACCAUCUCUACCAGGGAACUGCCAACUCUUCUCAAGACUAUCAAAAAGUGGAUGAUGAAUUUGAGAGGGUCUCCUGCCAGCUGCUGAAAAGGACGCAGGCCAUGCUGGAUAAAUAUCGCUACCUGCUCUUCGCCGAGUCAAAACAGAGACUGGGCCCCUCGGCAGAGAUGGUGAUGAUUGACCGGAUGUUCAUUCAGGAGGAGAAGAUUGCGUUGAAUCAGGACAGGAUAUUGGCCAAGGAGAGACCAGAGGAGUUUGUAGCAAAUGCGCGCAUGUUGGAGAGUGUAGUUUCAUCCCAAGAGAAAUCCUCUUCUGCUGAGCAGACCUCACUGAGUGGGGGUGUAGCAGCUGCUGCCCCUGCCCCAGGACCUGCUGCUCCUGCCCCAGCCCCUCUGCCAAACAUCACCCCAAACCCUCCUCCUGCACCCACUCCAGCUCCAGCUCCAGCUCCAGCUCCAGCUCCAGCUCCAGCUUCAGCUUCAGCUCCAGCUUCAGCUCCUGCUCCUGCUGCUGCUGCUGCUGCUGCUCCUGCUCCUGCUCCUGCUCCUGCUCCUGCUCCUGCUUCUGCUCCUCCUGCCACCCCUCCUGUCACCCCUUUCCCCCCUACCAAACUGGUAAUAAAGCAGGGUGGAGGUGGAGCUUCUGUGUCCUGGUCCAGCAGCUGUCCACCGCCUCCAGCUGCAGCCAGCAAGCUGGUGGCCGAACCCACCAGCCAGAGCUCCUCCUUCAGUCGUGCUCCAGCAGCAUCUUCCUCUUUCUCGUCCUCGACCUUCAAUUCUCAAGCAGCUGACGAUGACGACGCUCUCCCACAGAGAACCAGCAAACCGCCUAUCAAGACCUACGAGGCUCGCAGGAGAAUUGGCUUGAAGCUGAAGAUCAAGCAGGAUCAAACGGGGUUCAGUAAGGUGGUCCAUAACACUGCCUUAGAUCCAGUGCACACACCUCAACCUCAGCAAAGCAGCCAGUCCAUAUCCCAGGCUCAGACUCAGUCUGAAGCUGCUGUACCGCAUCCAACUCAUCCAAAGUCCCACCCUUUAUCAGCUCCUCCUACUACAGUCAUCAGAACUCAGUCCCCCGUAUGCACUGCUUCUUCUGUCUCAUCAGUCACCAUAGCAACCACUCAGUGUAACCCACCACUGAGAGGUAAUGUUCCCCCCAAUGCAGCCCCAUCUUCCUCUACCUCUUCCUCUCAUACUUGGUCAUCGUCGUCGUCGUCCUCCUCCUCUUCCUCCACCACCACCACCACCACCACCACCACCACCACCACUCAAAUGAAUGGGACAUUGGAUCAUCACGACAUGGGUGGGGUCAAACACAAUCCUGCCUCCACUGUCAAUCCCUCGCCGACAACCUGCCGCCUCCCCCUUCGAAAAACCUACCGGGAAAACAUUAGUCCCCGGGUCAGACCUGGUGUACCGGGGGGAGGAGACGAAAGUUUGUCCUACCCCAGACCCACGCCAUCACCCCCCAGGCACGAGGCCUCAUCUCCUCCCUCAGAGCGGACAGUGAUAGCCAGUGUGAAGGUGGAGAAAAGAGGCAGGGAGGCCUCACACACUCACACAGAGUCGAGCCACGAAAGGGGCCGUUUAGGGAGUGCAAUGCAGGGGCUGGACGAAGUGGACGAGGUGUUUAACCGCGGUAUCAAAACCGCGCAACACCAUCAUCUCCCGCAGCUCCUGGACAAGGAAGGGGCAAAGGAGAGAGCAGAGGAGCACACAGAGCAAGAGACAGAUGUAAGUAAAUACAAGAGGGCGGGUGGAAAAAAUAGACAUAGGGUAGGUGGGACAUUCAGAAUGGACCAGCAUGCCCCUGGACCUCCCUCUCCAGAGUCCUCCUUCACACGAGACUCUUUGCUUCCUGCCAAACGCUGCAAAUCAGACUCCCCCGACAUGGAUAACGCCAGCUUCUCCAGUGGCAGCCCCCAGGAAGACUCUCUGAAGGAGCACCUGCAGUGCGCCAUCGACGGCAUCCUAAACCUGCAGCAGGAGCCCUCUGCCCGCGGGCACCACAUUAAAGGGGGCAACAGCAGGCCCCACCAACACCAAAGCCAGCGCCCAGGGGGCUCGGCAGCUUCAUCCCACAGACCCUCAGCCCCACCCCCCUCCUCUGCUUCCUCAUCCUCCUCCUUGGCCCAGCACCCUCAGGUCGGUGGCCGUGGCCACAAUGGCAGCCUGGUGCCCCAGACUCAAAGCAGAUAACAGCCCCUCAGCCCCAGGCCGGACUGACAAGGGGGAACUAACAGACAGAUUUGGAGGCAGGGGAAGGGGGGCACUGUGAAAACAGUAUCACUGUACUACUCUGCCAAGCUGUGUUGGCUUUGUUUGUCCAUUUGAAUUGUCCAGAUAUUUCUUUGUCAUCUAUAGCUUGAGGUAUACCCGUGGUGGAAUAAGUGUGAGUGCAGUCUAAGGUAAAGCUGUGUCUGUGAGUUGCAGACUUGAAGAUGCCUGCCGUUUUGUAUGUGUUCUGUCAGCCAAGCUCGCGAAAACGAGAUGAAAUUGUCAAGAGGUUGCUGUUCUCUAUUUCUUUCCUCCUUUUUCACUUUUGAUCUUUUCUCUUUCUCACUCACUAUUCAUACAUUCCUUUCAUGUGGCCUGAGCACCAGUCCACAAAGGUUCAUCUCCUGGUUUAAACAGUGUCCCAGUGAGCAUAAGGCAGCUCGUGUAAACUGUUCAGAAGACAACAGUCUUCUUUAACUGGCUUUUGCCUCUCAGCUGCCAGGCUCAUGCUGUAAAAGGUCACAAUACAUACAGAGUCUCCCUUUAUCAGCCAGAUUGAAUUCUCUUAUCACUAAGAUAAUGCUGCCCUACCAAUGCAAACAGCACAUGCUAAAACUAUAGUCCACCUCCUUUCAAGAAAUAAAUUUCUUUAGAAAGUAAAUACACUCAGAAGCUCAGUUACACUGCUCACGAGGCAACUGCUCAUUGUUUUCAAUCGGCAAAAUCCAGUAGCUUCAUCCUCCACGAUUCCUGCAUUUCAUACAGACACCACAUGCAUUUUUAAGUAAAACGUGUUGAGAAAAUCAUUUGGAAAACUGAAGUUGUUCUACUUCUGGCUGCUUGUGGGUACUGUAGUACCGUGUCAUCAAGAUGUAAAUGAACGUGUAAGGGAAUUCAGUUAUUUUCUGCUUCUGAUGUCCGAUGAUUUUCCGGGUUCCUGUUUUUAGACAAGGCCUCCACACACACACCUGCCCGCCUGUUACUUACGAUGCCAGGUUAGGACUUUAUGCAUUUAGUCAGCAGGGGGCAGGUCAGUUUUAACUGCUGAUAUUCUGUGUUCUCUCUCUGUUUCAUAUUUCUGCAACUGUGUCCCUGCCUACC